AUGAGAUGGCGGUCUGGGUGGUGGCUGGCGAUGUUGGUGGCGAUGGGUAGAGGAGGUGGUGGUGGUAGAAGCGAGGACAGGGCUAGGAACAGGGAUGGAGAGGACGAGGACGAGGACGAGGACGAAGAUCAGAUCGAAGAGGACGAAAAGGAUAGCCAUUGCUGGAGGCAGAGGCAGAGCAUGUGUGCGUAUGCGGAGCUGCAGCAGUCUCCUCACUUCAGUUUCCUUCCGAAGCUUCACGUCGCUGGGCCAAGCAAGCACGUAGCGAGACCUUCGAACACGGAGAGCUCUAGCAGCGCCUGGGGUGUCAUGCUGGUGGCAUGCACCGCUGGCGUUUGGACUUCAAAGGGACAUCGACUCCUCUCACCCUUCCUCCCCAUCCGACUCCACGGGAGGAGGAGGAGACUGUACACGGGGAGAGCGGUGCCUUACGACUCGGGGAAUGAGGAGAGGGCCCAGUAUGAGAGCUUGCCCUCUGUUGCUACUUGGAAUCAGCCGUCCAACAUGCUACAGGGCCGAAAGCUUGAGCUCCUACUUGAAGCUACUCUUCCUGCCAUGGAUGGUCCAGAGACUUUCUACGGCCUGGGAUGCAACGAGACCGAGUUUAAGCUCUUUCUUGAUUAUAUCGCAGGAAGAAAUUUGACAGAAGAGCAAGUUAACAUCUCGAGCAAGUACGUCGACACCGGCGACGACAACGUGCGAUCGAUGCUGCGAAUGCACUGGAACAGUUGUCACCUCCUGCUCAAGAACAAGAGUUCCAAGAAUGUCAUGGCAGCCGAUACACGGCUGGUUGCGGAAGUCAAAGGUUACCUUAAGUUGAUGGAAUCGUUCGAGACGGAACCGAUGCGAGGAUCGGCUCUACUCCAGUGGCUUCAAGAACAAUGCGGAGAAUCGCUGAUACAGAGAUGCCAAGCAGGCAGCAACUUGUCACUGGAAGAAACUCAAAGCGCCCUCAAAGAACUUCUGAAUUGGUUUAAGAAAGAGUUUCCCUACUACGACCAGGGUUGCUUUCACUGCGGCAACAAGGAGGGUCAAAGACUUGGUUCGGUGAAGGCGAGCGAGCAAGAAGAAGAAUUUCUCGCACGGCGGAGUGAAAUCCUCUUUUGCCCCAGCUGCUCCAGAUAUAGCCGAUUCGUGCGAUACAACACGGUGAACAAGGUGAUAGAGACGAAGAAAGGAAGGUGCGGCGAAUACAGCAUGUUCAUGUAUCAUGUCAUGCAGUCCCUGGGAUAUGAAACAAGGCGAAUCGCGUUCGAGCUCUGCAGCUGGACUUCAGCUCGUUCACUGCUGAACUUCUCCUCCCGGAAGAUGUACCUCUCCUGGGGCAAGAAGCUCACCUACAUCAUCGCCUUCGUCCGGUCCAACGAGCCUCCAGCUCUCUCCCUCCUGCUGACACCGAGCAGGGGCCGGUGCGAGGACGUGACGACCGACUACGUAGACGACAUGGAGGAGGUGCGGAAACGGCGAGACCUUACCGACGAAGACUUGAAGGCGAGCCUAGAGACAGCCCAGAAGGAGUUCCAGCAAGAGCAAGCGAGCGCGUCCUAG